AUGCCUGGGCGUAUGCUUUUCCGGUACACCCGUGAGGAAGUGGGUAAACAUAAUAGAACCGACGACCUGUGGGUUAUCCAUAACAACAAGGUCUAUGACGUAACAGAAUUCGUCUUGGACCAUCCCGGUGGUGCUGAUCUUAUUGUAGAGUGGGCAGGAAAAGACAUUACCAAAGUGUUGAAUGAUCCUGAUUCGCAUGAACAUAGUGAAGUAGCCUACGAAGCGUUGGGGGAAUUAUGUAUAGGUGAAAUAGUUGAUAACAAUACUUCUACGACCAAGGUUGCCACCAUAUCACCACAGUCACAAGUCUCCAAGAAUUAUACUGCCGAUGACAAAUUUCAUUCCGCAACAACAAACAUUCAAUCCGAUCUCAAAGAGAAAUUUCUCGACCUGAGUAGACCUUUAUUUUACCAAAUGUUCAAUUGCGAUUUCACCAAAGAAUUUUAUCUCCAACAAAUUCACAAACCGCGCCAUCUUCCAUACUCCGUCAAAUUGUUUGAGAGUCCUUAUUUAGAAAUUCUAACGAAGACCCCGUGGUAUGUAAUUCCGAUCAUUUGGAUCCCGGUGGUAUAUUAUCAUGCAUCUAUGGCAUCAGAAAAUUUGGGCUUGAAUACGAUCUCCGUCUUAUUCGUCAUUGGUAUUUGGAUUUGGACUUUGUUGGAGUAUGCACUGCAUCGGUUUGUAUUCCACGUGGACAAUCUUCUUCCGGAUCAUCCCUAUGCCCUUUCCCUACAUUUCACCCUACAUGGAAUUCAUCAUUAUUUACCUAUGGACCGGAUGCGUCUUGUGAUGCCACCGAUUCUUGGUGGAACCAUCGCUAUCCCAAUCAUGCGAGCUGGGUAUUUUAUUUUUCCUGAAUCGAUUACGCAUGCUUUAAUCGCCGGUGCUGUAUUUGGCUACAUUUGCUAUGACAUGACUCACUAUUACCUUCAUCACGCUCGCCCUUUCGGUCAACAUCUACAGGAAAUGAAAACAUAUCAUCUGAAUCACCAUUACAAAAACUAUGAAUUAGGCUAUGGUAUUACAAGCAAAUUCUGGGACAAAAUGUUCAAUACUGUGUUGUAA